GAAAUGCUGAAAGAUGAGAUUCGAACACUCACCUACAGAAACUCAAUGUAUUACAACAAGCAUUUGUUUAAAGGCAAGGUUGUGUUGGAUGUCGGCUGUGGUACAGGUAUUCUCUGCAUGUUUGCUGCAAAGGCUGGAGCAGCCAAAGUUAUCGGGAUUGAAUGUUCCAGUAUCAUUGAUUAUGCCCAGAAAAUUGUUGCUGCCAAUGGACUUGACAAUGUGAUCUCGUUGGUCAAGGGCAAGGUGGAAGAGGUGAGUCUGCCGGACGGUAUCGAUAAAGUGGACAUCAUCAUCUCUGAGUGGAUGGGCUACUGUCUGUUCUACGAGUCCAUGCUGAACACUGUCAUUUAUGCACGUGAUAAAUGGCUGAAACCUGGUGGGCUAAUUUUCCCAGAUAAAGCAUCGCUGUAUGUGACAGCCAUCGAGGACAGGCAAUACAAGGAUGAGAAAAUCAAUUGGUGGGAUAAUGUAUAUGGGUUUGAUAUGGGUUGCAUACGUGAUGUGGCUGUGAGAGAACCCUUGGUGGAUGUUGUAGAUCCCAAACAAGUUGUUGCCGAUUCAUUCUUGGUCAAGGAAGUGGACAUCUACACUGUGAAAGAGGAGGACAUUGCAUUUUCAACUCCGUUCCGUUUGAACUGUCUGCGUAAUGACUACAUGCACGCCCUGGUUACUUUCUUCACUGUUGAGUUCUCCAAGUGUCACAAGAACAUUGGCUUCUCCACAUCCCCUGAUUCUCGGUACACACAUUGGAAACAGACUGUGUUCUACCUGGGUGACAAUGAAUUGACUAUCAAGAGAGGCGAAGAGAUUAAUGGUGUCUUUUCUCUGACCCCAAACAAGCAGAACAACAGAGAUCUAGACUUCACAGUCAGCGUAGACUUUCACGGAGAGCUUUCUGAUGCUUCUUGCAGUCUUAACUACAAGAUGAGGUAG